AAGAAACAGGAUCGACUUUAUACACAAUUCAUUCAUCCUUGACCAACCAUUGUACCUACGACACUUACUACCUGAAUACAGCCUCCCCUUGGCGGUGAGAACAAGUGUAUGUCGUCAAGUGGGAAAGGUGAACACCAACUCAAAGAUGAGGGAUCCAAGCUGCAAGUCGUCACUGCGGGUGCAAUUGGCGGGCUAGUCUCACGAUUUUGCGUCGCACCGCUUGAUAUUAUCAAAAUCCGACUGCAGCUACAAAUCCACUCUCUCGCCGACCCUUUGAACCCCGUCACCAAAGGAUCUCUCGCAAGAGGUGCCAUUGCAACCGCAAAACAAGUCUUGCGCGAUGAAGGAAUACGGGGCUUUUGGAAAGGCAAUGUACCCGCCGAGCUGCUCUACAUUAUCUAUGGGGGCGUGCAAUUCUCUACAUACCGUGGCACCGCGACAUUUCUAGAAUCUCUUCCGACACAUGCAUCCACGCCCUCGUCCGUCGAGACAUUUAUCAGCGGUGCCGUCGCUGGCGGUGCCGCCACCGCCGCGACAUACCCGCUCGACCUCUUGCGCACGCGCUUCGCCGCACAGGGCACCGAACGCGUCUACUCCACCCUGCGGUCCGGCAUUCGGGACAUAUACCAUGACGAAGGCAUAUACGGCUUCUACCGGGGAUCCGUAGUCGGUGUCGGGCAGAUUCUGCCGUACAUGGGAAUCUUUUUUGCCGCCUAUGAGCAAUUCCGUGUUACGUUAUCGCCGCUCAAUCUUCCGUUUGGCUCAGCCGAUGCCACCGCCGGAAUGCUCGCCAGUGUCAUCGCCAAGAGCGGAACCUAUCCGCUUGAUACGGUGCGCAAGAGGCUUCAAGUCCAGGGUCCAAGCCGGGAGAAAUACGUCUAUCAUAACAUUCCUGUAUACAAGGGCACGCUGGGCACAAUCAGGGCUGUCUUGGCUAAGGAAGGGAUCAGAGGGUUGUAUCGCGGUUUGACAAUUAGCCUGAUCAAGACGAGUCCCGCGAGCGCAAUUAUGCUCUGGACAUAUGAGCGCAGUUUGGAAUUGAUGCAGGGCAUGGAAAGUAUAUGGACAAAGCAGGCGCGGACAUGUUAAUAUGUUUUCAUACCUUUUUUUUUUCCCCGCAGAUGCAACUAGAAGCACACAUGGGCUGCAUUAUCAGCAUGAUAGAUAUUCCUUAUAAAGCUGGAGUUUAGCACGGGCG